UUUUUUUUUUUUAUUGACCUGCAACAUAUUCUAAAAGUAAAAUCAAACUGUCAACUCCCCCUGCCCUUGUCACUUGGAUACGAAGACGUUUCCAGUUCAACUGAAACAUCAAAGACUAUUUGUUUCGAGUAAAACAAGCCUCGAGAACUCCCGCCUAGCAACAAGUGACAGCGCAAACAUCGGAUUUGACCAGCGAUUCAAAUGUCGGCAGAGGCGAGUGCAUCGGAUCCAGCUGUGUGUCUCGUUUGUAAGGACGGCUGCCCGGGUUUGCAGCCGCAUUCUUGGAGGAAAGCGUGCGUGGCGUGCGGCUGCAGCACGGCGGAGCACGCGCCCGGUAACCACGGCGAUGACGACCGGCGAAUGGGACGCCUGCUGGCCGACUCGCCCUGCGCCCGCUUGACGGCCAAGGUGAAAGGGGGCGGCGGCCUCCGCCUGUACAAGAGGAACCGCAUGAUCGUGACCGAUCCGGUGGUGUCGCGCAAGGACCCCACCUUCAGCACCACCACCUACGACUGGGCGCCCGCCGGCCUCAACCAGAAGCUGGCCAAGCAGUACAUGGAACUGAUCCCAGAGAGUCAGCGUCCCGUCUCCGGGACCGGGGGGGCGGCGCUCCGUCGCAGGCGCCUCCUCGGCCAGCUCCCCGCCUACGACCAGGACCCCGUGACGUGUCAGAGCCUGGCCAACGAUGACGAGGUUUCCGCCAUGCUGCUGUUUGUGAAGCGCUACAAAAUGGAGGCGCUGGGCGUGGGAGAGGUGGCGCUGCCCGGCGACGGCGAGGCCCUGAGGGAGGCGGCCGAUCAGAGGGAAGCCAGGGAGCAAAACCACGGCGACGAGGAGGCCGCGGACCGCCACCCGGAUCGCGACGCCGUCGCCGCCGAAGAGUCCACCAAUGGCGCAGAGAACAACACUCGAUACCGCUUUGUUGCGUUUCAGCGCUGCUCGGGUUGCGGCGGCGACGUCGCGGCUGAGAGCCCGGCGGUUUUUGCCGAGCGCGCCGGUUACCGAGCCGCCCUGUGGCAUCCCGCCUGCUUCGCGUGCGCCGAGUGCGGCCAGGGAUUGGCCGACCUGGUCUACUUCUGGUCCAAUCGGAGGCUCCUGUGCGGACGACAUUAUUGCCAGAGCGUCAGGCCGCGCUGCGCCGGCUGCGACGAGUUGAUCUUCGGCGAGUCUUUCCGCACGGCGCAAGACGGCCGCACGUGGCAUCGUCGUCAUUACUGCUGCUGGCGGUGCGGGCGAAGCCUGGAUACGCCCUGCCACCAUUGACACGCGCGCGCACACACAAAGUACAGUAACAAAAAAAUUAUUCAUAUUAUUAUUAUUAUUAUUAUUAUUUUAAUGGCAUUUUCUAUUCACUUCAAUGGGGGAAAUUGAGAAGUCAAGGUAGCAGCGUCUCCAAUUCAAGCAUGUCGCUCCGCACGAGUGGAGUCUUGGAAGUGUCCUCGAGCGUCGUUUGUAGCUCUCAACGGGACUUUUAUGUCGGAGCCGACGGCGCCUCGAGACGCGUUUGGCUGAUUUAUCGGCUCGUAAAUGGCUGACGUGAUCCGGAUGCGAGCCAACACCGGCGUGCGCGCAUGUCGGAAUGAGCUCAUAUUUGACAUUCAAGCUUUUCGGAAUCGCAUUAGGAGUAUUCGACUUUAAACGAUGUCAAAAUGGCAAAUUUCCUGAAAUCGUGGCUGGCAGCAACACAUCUGUAACGCUGAGUUUACAGACUUUUAAGAUUAAAAUGUUUUAUUGGAUUCUA